ACCUGCGCACUCCGCGCGGGACAGCUUCAGUUUUGUGUUUACAACGUGACGUUGUGAAGCGGAUUUAGCAAAAUGUUACCACUUAAUGAACACGAGCUAACUCCGUUUGACAAUGACGACUAGUUAGUUAGUAGUUAGUCUUAAUGUCAGAUCCUGUCGAAUAUCAAACUCUCAAGACGAAGUGGCUUCACUGUGAAGAUGUCUGAUGCUUGCAGCUCUGAACCUGCCGGAGCCAUCAGGGCCAUUGACAAGCACUCAGUGCAUCAGAUCUGCUCAGGGCAGGUGGUGCUGACUUUAGCCACUGCUGUCAAAGAGCUGGUGGAGAACAGCAUUGAUGCAGGAGCUACUAACAUUGAUGUAAAGCUGAAGGAGUGUGGAGCUGAACAAGUAGAGGUGUCAGACAAUGGCAAAGGUGUAGAGGAGGCUAACUUUGAAGGACUGACUCUAAAGCAUCACACUUCAAAGCUACGAGAUUUCUCUGAUCUCAUCCACGUGGAAACGUUUGGCUUUAGAGGUGAAGCUCUCAGCUCUUUAUGCGCUCUGAGUGACCUAAGUGUGGUGACGUGCCACGAGUCCAGCCAGGUGGGCACCAGGCUUGUGUUUGACCACAAAGGCCACCUAGUGCAGCGAUCACCUCAUCCCCGACAGCAGGGAACCACAGUCAGCCUGCAGCAGCUCUUCUCCACGCUGCCUGUCAGACACAAGGAGUUCCAGCGUAAUAUCAAGAAGGAGUAUGCCAAAAUGAUCCAUGUCCUGCAGUCCUAUUGUAUCAUCUCUACAGGAGUACGAAUCACCUGCUCCAACCAAAAUGGGCAGGGAAAACGCAGCUCAGUGCUCAGCACCAGCGGCAGCCAAAGUAUGAGGGACAGCAUUGGGGCCAUAUUUGGACCAAAACAGCUACAGAGUCUUCUACCUUUUCAACAAGCGUCUCCUACAGAAAACAUUAUCGAAGAAUAUGGACUCCAGAAUGCGGAUCUACCCAAACAGCUUUAUUCCAUCACAGGGUUCGUGUCUCGAGGUGACCACGGUGUUGGGAGAAGCGCCACAGACAGGCAGUUCUUUUUCAUUAACAACCGGCCAUGUGACCCCCAUAAGGUGACCAAAGUUGUGAAUGAAGUGUAUCAUAUGUAUAACAGACAUCAGUAUCCAUUUGUUGCCUUGAACAUAGCUGUAGCCUCAGAGUGCGUGGAUGUAAACGUCACACCAGACAAACGUCAGAUUUUCCUUCAGGAGGAGAAGCUCUUGCUGGCUAUUCUGAAGACCUCCCUCAUCUCUAUGUAUGAGGCUGGAGUCAAUAAGAUCAGCCUGAACUAUACACCUCUACCCAGCACCAAUUUUUCUGCGUCUGAACAGAGUCAAGCCGUUCCGUCUCAUGAGAACACGGCAGAACCUGGAGAGGACACCCACACAGUGAUUCCGAGUCCAAAGACAUCCAUGAACCUCGCUGGCCUCAAAGCUGCCUUUUCAAGCUACUGCAGCUCCAGUUCUGGGAGUAAGUCAAGUUCAGGAAAAUCUUCCAACAGCGGCGCAACGCAGAAAACACUGCAGUCUUUUUUUAAGGAUUCUGUAAAGCCUUCUACCUGCAGCCCGAGUACGAAAUCUUCAUCCAAACCCGCAAGAGAAUUCACUAAAAGCUCUCCAGUGGGAAGGUCAGUAUUGGAUGGGUUUAGGUAUGGAAGUGUCUCAUGUGGCGAUGCAGAUUCUGAAAAAGACAGUGCUGUGUCUAGCUGUGAUGUUGGUGUUACUAUGACAACACCAGAAGUCAAUCCACCUGAAGAGGUGAUAGACUGCGCCAGUGUGAAAAAUGAAACAUUCACAGAAACAUCAGAAAAAAGUGGCGCUGCACCCGAAGACACAGAGUUAGAGACUGAAGCAUUCAUUUCUAAUCAGGACACUACUGUGAGCCCAGAGGCUAAGAGAGCCAGGAAAGAGAACCCACAUUUCCCUACAGAGCAAAAAUCCAGCACUUUUUCAAACCGUUCCGAGGAUUCCUCCUCGAUAGUAGAUGCCCCAGUCCUCCUACAGAGGAGGACGGUGCCUCUCCAGUUCUCUUUCCAAGAGCUGGCAGGAAGAAUGAGGAGGUUGCGGGAGCAGCAGAAACAGAGAGCUGGUGAGGAGCUACAAUACAGGCGCUUCAGGGCGAAGAUCAACCCCGGAGAAAACCAAAGUGCAGAAGAAGAGCUCAAGAAAGAGAUCAGCAAAGAAAUGUUUAAAGAAAUGGAGAUCAUCGGUCAGUUUAACCUGGGCUUCAUUAUCACUAAACUCAACUCGGACAUCUUCAUGAUCGACCAGCAUGCCACAGAUGAGAAAUACAACUUUGAAAUGCUACAGCAGCACACUGUGCUCCAAGGACAGAAACUCAUUGUCCCGCAGAAGCUUCACCUCACCGCAGUCAGUGAGAAUGUGCUCAUAGAAAACAUUGAGAUUUUCCAAAAGAAUGGGUUUGAAUUUCUGGUUGAUGAGGACGCUCAGGUAAUGGAGAGAGUUAAGCUGGUGUCGCUGCCUACCAGUAAAAACUGGACAUUUGGCCCAGCCGACAUCGAAGAACUGAUCUUCAUGCUGAGUGACAGUCCGGGGGUCAUGUGCCGACCAUCCAGAGUCAGACAGAUGUUCGCCUCCAGAGCUUGUCGGAAAUCGGUGAUGAUCGGCACUGCCUUGAGUGUCAGCGAGAUGAAGAAGCUCGUGGUUCACAUGGGGCAGAUUGAGCAUCCGUGGAACUGUCCUCACGGCAGACCUACCAUGAGACACCUCGCCAACCUGGACAUCAUCUCACAAGACUGACCCUGAAGGCACCAUCUGACAAACUUAUGCUGGCUUGAUAUAACUGGAUUGUGUCUUUGAUCCAGUUAAUUUCUGUCAAACUUCACCCUUGCUUAUGCUGUAAAACACUAACGACUUACUGUAUAUAUGUAUAGUUCAAAUGCUUACUGACGGCUGUUUAUCUUUUAGUAUCAGUUUAGAUAUGUUCUGGUUUUAUUAGAUUUUUGGCAUAACAUUUUAUUUUUUUAUUUUAAUUUGACAUCAAGUCAAGUAGGAAAUAAACAAGAUAUUGUUAAAAAAUGGA